AUGAACAAUUUGGAACACGUGAAGCAUUACUAUCCAGACAACUACAAAUUGGAUUUAUCGGAAACUAUGAAGGCGGCAUUAACCAAAGGACCCGUUGGAGCGGGUGUGGCUGUUGGCGGUGUUGGUACUAACAGCACCAGCGUCUCUAGCGCCAUGGGCGUGCCCUCGCAUAACGAGUUGUUGCCACAAUCACCAAACCCAGGCGUUGGCUAUGUGACCGAGAAGCUGUAUAUGCUGCUGCAGCUGUAUUUGCAAAACAAAGGCUGGAAUCCUAGCGCAGAACUGCUGCAAUGCUUCAGCGAUCUGAAGGACAAUGCCAUGCUGCCUAGCGCUGCCUACUUGCAAGUGCUGGCCAAUCGCUUAACGCUGGACUCACAGGGCAGGCUUAUACUGCGUGAGAAUGGCAAGAUUGUGCUGCCCUUCGAGCACUUUGCCAAUGCUGUAAUGCUGAAGCAUAUGUCUGGACCGCAUGGCUUGCACUUGAGCGUUGAUGCCACAGUGCGUGCUGUCAUUGAAUCCUAUACUAUUGGGCGUGAGCAGUUUGGCAUGGAAAAGGAGUUUAUUAUUGAAGUGGUGCAGUCGUGUCCCAGUCCGGCCUGUCGUUAUUACAAGAAUCAUAUGGGCAUAUCGCCAAUGCCAUUUAUGGAGCAGCAAUAUCCGGGAGUCAAUACGCCAGAUUUCUUGCAGCGCUUAUCACAUUUGCCACCUAGUGCUGCUGCAGGCAGCGCCACAGCGGUGGCGACAGCUACUAGCGCUGGAAACAGUGGCGGCAACAAUGGGUCCGCUGUGGAGAUUGAUUUGUCCAAGUCGAGCGCCAGCAAAGUGCCACCGCAGCUGCAACACUUGACAAAGCAGCAACAAAAUAGCAUUCAAUCACAAUUAUCACAAAUCAGCGCAGUAGCUGCGCAUCAUCAGCAACAACAACAACAGCAUCAGCAGCAGCAACAACAGCAGCAGCAGCAGCAACAACAACAGCAAGCUCAAGCGCAGGCGCAGGCGAAGCAUCAGCAGCAACUAACUGCUGCUUUGAUACAACAACAAAAUCGUGUACUCGCUCAGCAAAGUCUGGAGAAGCUUAGCACUCUGAGCGCUUUGGAGAAGCAACGCGUGUUUGCCCAGUUGGAUCCCAAGCACUUUGAUCCCAUGGCUGUUGCUGCCGCAGCAGCCAAUUUGCAAAUUCAGGGCAUGAUGCAAUCUCAAUCAGUAGCCGCCGCUGUUGCCGCCAAUCAACAACAGUCAGCAUCGCUCUCCAACAAUGCGACAGCAACAGCGCUUAGCUCCAAUGUAAACACACAGCUACAUCAUGCUCAUCAUGCAUUGCCGCCGCCCUCGCAGUCACCAUCUUCAACAUCUUCGCAUUCCUCGCUGGAUAAGAAUAUAUCAGAGUCGCUGCGCACAAACUUGGACUCCAUUGAAUCAAAUAAAGAUCUUCUGGCGCUGCACAAUGGCGCCUGGGCCAGCCAUGAGGCGGCCAAUCGCAAUGAUCAGAUGGGCGUGGGUCAGGAUAAGAUUGUGCGCAUCUUCUCGGAGCUCAUGCGUAAUAUGUCGCGCAUGAAAACAUAUAUAAGGCCCAGCAUGUGCAAACCCUAUGGCAAGCAAAGCGAGAGCCUGCAAAAAACGCUAAUGGACACCAUACAAAUUGUGCAAACCUUGCGCAAUUGCUUGCCAGCUCCCCAUAUACCCGUUGCAUCCUGGAAAAGCGAAAGUGAGGGCAGUGUCAAUGCUGGCGUUGGUGUUGGCAUCCCACCGGGCAUGGGUCUCAGUGCACUUGGUCUACAAUCGGGCCAGUUGCAUUAGGUAAACCCAAAAUCCAAAAGAAUUCCAACCACCAAUUAUGGCAAGCUAUUUAACAAUUACAGUAUUCUAAUAUAGUUAUAAAACUUCGUAGGCUUGGCUCAUGGCUUUUUGUUAAGUUAUGUGCAACAUUUUCAACAAAAGACUUGAUUUUUCUUUUAAUGUUUGACUGAUCUAAUCAAUGGCAUUAACUUAAUCUGGCAUAUCGUACUUGCCACUUUAAGUUUGUUUUCAUUGUUACCAU